AGCAGCAUUCAGACUCUCAGUGCUACUCCAGCUGCUGCUCCAUCAUCCAGAGCUAGUGCUGCUUCAUCUGACUCCUACUCAACCAGCUCGGGAUUAUCUUCAUCUUUGCAGGAGGAGCGUUUGGAACAGCUUUGGACAACAGUUUUAUCUCCAAUUUCUGUGUUUUUUUCUUGGACAAAAGAAAAAUGCGUCUGAUCCAGAACAUGACGACCAUUGCGGAGUAUCCAACCCCGGAGUGCUCGGUGCCAAACCGGGUCAUUAAGAUGGCUGUGAUCGGAGGCAGUGGUGUGGGCAAAACAGCUCUGGUGGUGAGAUUCCUAACGAGGCGCUUCAUAGGAGACUAUGAGAGAAAUGCUGGUAAUCUGUACUCCAGAGAGGUCCAGGUGGAUGGAGAGCAGGUGACCAUCCAGGUUCAAGACACUCCUGGUGUGGAGAUGACUGAUAACAGCAUCAAUCUCCCCGAUCACGUGACCUGCUCCAUCCAGUGGGCGGAUGCCGUGGUACUGGUGUACUCCGUGACCGACCGCCGCAGCUUCGAUUUGAUCGAACAGCUGCACCAGCAGGUCGUUCGCACCGGCGGCGCCAACAUGCCCCCGGUGAUCCUGCUGGCCAACAAGGCGGACCUGCUGCACCUGAGGCGGGUGGACUCCCAGCAGGGCCCUCUGCUGGCGGGCACCCUGGGCUGCUCUUUCUACGAGGUAUCCGCCAGCGAGGACUACAGCCAGGUGCACAAGGCCUUCCACCGGCUGUGCUGCACGCUGGCCAAGCAGCAGCCGCCACCGGCCUCCAACAACUCUGCUGCCGGCACCGCCACGGAGAAGAGGCGCUCGCCACUCAUCCCAAGGCCGAAGUCGCCCAACAUGCAGGACCUGAAGAGGCGAUUCAAGCAAGCGCUGUCGGCCAAAGUCAGGACUGUGACCUCUGUGUGAGGAGGACGACGAAAACUGCUGAACGUGGUCCAGAGUGGCCAGAGAGAACGCAUCGGAAGAAUACGGAGAAGAUUUAACGCUUCUACGCUGAAGUCCUGGAUCAGUCUGGCUGUGAAAUGAGAAGUUUCUCAGAUGCUGAUGAGUCUUUACAGACCGCUCUGAGCAGCAGGUGUCUGUCCUGUCAGAUACCUGUGUGUGAGGAGGUUCAUCGUGUACUCAAGAGUGGAAAGGACACCUGAGGACAACAGGAGCAACUGUGUGAGACUCUAGACUAUAAAAUAAAAGACUAAAUGAAGCUGUCCUGGCAACAGCAGCGCUGGAGGACUGCUUAUUUUUAGCUGUGCCGCCCAUUGUGGCUUUUCUUUAUCCAGACAUGGCACCGCUACAUGCUGGUAUUAUUAUACCUGCCACUUUGAGCCGCAGCUCUGUGCAGCUGAGUGUGUGUGUGUUCAGUCUCCUGUAUGUCAGUACCUGCAGUAUAUGUUUGGAGCAUUCAUUGUGCAUGAUGAAUGGAGGACGAGGAGGAGGAGGAGGAGGAGGUUGUAGCGAGGCCGCAGACACAGUAUGUAGCGUGUGACGUUUAUUAUCACUGAUGCACUUUAUGAAAGAGGAACAAUCCAAAGCGCCUGUUGUUAUUUAUUUGUUACAAAUUCACCUUUUUGCUCACAAUAAAAAUGAUGAUGAAUUGAA